CAGUUCGCCACGCAUAUUCCGCCUUCGACAUCAAACGCGCAUUCAUAUUAAUUGACUUGCGACAUCCUCCAACAAGAGACUACACAUCACAACACGACCCUUGAAAUCAAAUCAAACCGAAUCGACAUUAUCCAUUGAUCAAUCUCUCAACCAUGGCCAACUAUCUCGCCUCCAUUUUUGGAACCGAGCAAGACAAAGUCAACUGCUCAUUCUACUACAAGAUCGGUGCCUGCCGCCACGGCGACCGAUGCUCCCGCAAACACGUCAAACCGUCAUACAGCCAAACGAUCCUCCUCCCGAACCUGUACCAGAACCCAGCAUACGACCCCAAGAACAAGAUGAACGCGUCACAACUGCAAAACCACUUUGAUGCGUUCUACGAAGACUUCUGGUGCGAGAUGUGCAAGUACGGCGAACUCGAGGAGGUGGUGGUGUGCGACAACAACAACGACCACCUGAUCGGCAAUGUGUACGCGCGCUUCAAGUACGAGGACUCGGCCCAAAAGGCCUGCGACGCCCUGAAUAGCAGAUGGUACGCCGCCCGGCCGAUUUACUGCGAAUUGAGUCCUGUCACGGAUUUCAGGGAGGCGUGCUGUCGCUUGAACUCUGGGGAGGGUUGUGUCAGAGGCGGCUUUUGCAAUUUCAUUCAUCGAAAGGAGCCGAGCCCAGAACUCGAGAGGGAACUCGAGCUCAGUACGAAGAAAUGGUUGAAGAUGCGUGGUAGGGAUGAGCGGAGCGUUUCGCGGAGUCCCAGUCCCGAACCUACGAGGAAGAGAUAUUAGAUGGCAGAUGACCAUGGUGCGCCGCGGGAGGCUCGUCAGGGACAAGGGUUGGCUUACCCUGGAAGGGGAUCAUGUCCGCCCCCGCAAGCAAGCGAAAUGGUCACAUGGCAUGCCCAUCGUUAGAUUGUGUCCCUGGUACCGCAGCAGUCGAUCGAGGAUUCCCCAUGUGUUACACAUUCACCAGCAAAAAAGACCAUCCAUCGGCUUUUGGCUACGGUGAAAUAACGCGGCCACAUGUUCUGUGGUCCGGAACACAAAGACAUGGACCAGGAGGACUGAAGAUUUCCAGCUCGCAACUACUUUCCACUGCGAGCACAUCAUCUGUCCUGAUGCUGUAUGCGGGUUCAUCAUGCCCGCUUAUUUUUCAUCGUGAUCAGCCCGGUCCGACGAGCCUGAGCAAAUAUUACAGAACACACCAAUGCGAAGAUCACCAGGCCUGAAUGCGUGGAGGUCAUUCGCACAUCUAGGGCUCCCGGCCUGCGCAAAUCGUGAAAGAUGACUGUCCGAAGAAGUGCAGCAAUUAAGUGGUAAAGUCCUCAUGACCAGUUGGAAAUCGUUCGGGAAUGAAGGCGUCGGUCCAUAGCGGAUAUCGACACUAAAGCGAAGGCGUUGGAUUUUGAGGCUUGAAAUGCGAAGAUUAUGCGUCUCGUCUGCCUGGCUCUGGCCGAGUGGCGACCGUGGCAUCAGACGCGCCGCCGGCCGCUAAGCAGGUGUGUCAAGAAGCCCAAGGGGCUCAGACCGACCAGGCACCGGAACGUAGAUGGUGCCAAUGACUAUGUGCACUCGGAGCAAAUGUAAUCGUUUCAAGACAUUUGUCCUUCUCAGGCUGUCGCUCAUGCAUAGCAGAUUUGCUACAUUAAAAGUAUUUCAAACCUGCUCUAUGAUUGUAUGUAGUCUGAACUGAAUCUGUACGGACCUCGGACUUGGGAUAAAUUCAGUAGGUAGAAAAUUUGAGAUUCGGGA